AUGGAGAAAGCGAACUCAACAACUAGUUUGAUACGAACAAAAUCCGAUCAGCUGGUCGAGACAAUGGCAGCGGCACUAGCUGCAAUGAAGUCUCCAAUGUCAUCAUCGAGUGAGGCAGCCGUUGGCGUUGGACCGGAGAGUAGUUCCAACCUGUCGAGGAAAUCCAGCAGGCGGCUGGCGGCUGCCUCGCCAGGGCGGAGCAUCGGUAGGAACACGCACAUUCGGAAGUCGAGAAGUGCUCAGAUGAAAUUUGACCUUGAUGAUGUUAGCAGUGGCGCCGCCUUGAGUAGGGCGUCCAGCGCUAGCUUAGGGUUCUCGUUCACUUUCACCGGCUUUACCAUGCCACCAGAUGAGAUUGCAGAUCUGAAACCAUUUAGUGAUGAUGAAAUUCCUGAAGAUCUUGAGGCCGGCUUGCGUAAGAAGAAAAUUCAAACCGAACCUACCUUACCAAUCUACCUCAAGUUUACCGAUGUGACGUACAAGGUUGUUCUGAAAGGAGUGACAUCGACAGUGGAAAAAGAUAUUCUAAAUGGAAUUACUGGUUCAGCUGAUCCAGGCGAAGUUUUGGCGCUGAUGGGACCAUCGGGAAGUGGAAAGACUACCCUCCUGAGUCUACUUGGAGGGAGAGUAAGAGAGCCCGCACCAGGCGGUUCAAUUACUUAUAGCGAUCAACCUUACUCAAAGCUCCUAAAAAGAAGGAUAGGAUUCGUGACUCAAGACGACGUUCUAUUUCCUCACCUUACGGUGAAAGAAACAUUGACAUAUGCAGCUCUCUUACAACUUCCAAGGGCAUUGACGAAGGAGGAAAAGAAGAAAAGAGCCAUGGAUGUUAUAGACGAGUUAGGAUUAGAGAGGUGCCAAGACACCAUGAUCGGUGGUUCCUUUGUUCGGGGUGUUUCUGGUGGAGAGAGGAAGCGCGUAUGCAUUGGGAAUGAGAUAAUAAUCAACCCAUCUAUCUUGUUUCUCGAUGAACCAACCUCUGGUUUGGAUUCUACAACUGCUUUGAGGAUUAUUGAUACUUUACAUGACAUAGCUGAGGCUGGCAAAACAGUGAUAACCACAAUCCACCAGCCGUCGAGCAGACUGUUCCUCAAGUUUAACAAGUUGAUUCUUCUUGGCAAAGGAAGCUUGCUUUAUUUUGGACAGGCAUCAGAAGCAAUGGUUUACUUUUCAUCCAUAGGAUGUACUCCCCUCAUUGCAAUGAACCCUGCAGAAUUCAUGCUUGACCUUGCAAAUGGAAAUGUCACUGAUAUUUCUGUCCCAUCCGAAUUGGAAGAUAAGGUGCAUAUGGAGAAUUCAGAAACGGAGACAAAAGGCGGAAAACCUGCUCCAGCAGUGGUCCACGAGUAUCUUGUGGAGGCCUAUGAGACAAGAGUUGCUGAAAGUGAGAAGAAGAAACUUAUGGAUCCUAUUCCGAUUGAUGAUGAAAUCAAGACCAAAUUAUUUUCUGCCAAAAGAGAAUGGGGAGCAAGUUGGUGGGAACAGUAUUCCAUAUUAGUCAGGAGAGGACUAAAAGAACGGAGACACGAUUAUUUUAGCUGGUUAAGAAUUACUCAAGUUAUAGCUACCGCAACCGUCCUUGGAUUGCUAUGGUGGCAAUCUGGUGGUGACAGCACUGCCAAACUGCAAGAUCAGGCAGGGUUGCUGUUCUUCAUUGCUGUUUUUUGGGGAUUCUUUCCCGUUUUCACAGCUAUAUUCGCAUUUCCUCAAGAAAGAGCUAUGCUGAGCAAGGAACGUGCAGCUGACAUGUAUAGAUUAAGUGCCUAUUUUAUGGCCAGAACCACAAGUGACCUUCCACUUGACCUUCUACUGCCAGUUGUAUUUCUUGUUGUUGUAUAUUUCAUGGCAGGCUUAAGAAUGGAAGUUGGUUCAUUUUUCCUCACCAUGCUAACAGUUUUUCUCUGUAUUAUAGCUGCUCAGGGACUUGGGCUAGCUAUUGGUGCUACCCUGAUGGAUUUGAAAAGGGCUACAACUCUAGCUUCUGUCACAGUAAUGACCUUCAUGUUGGCUGGUGGGUACUUUGUCAAGAAAGUUCCAGUAUUCAUAUCAUGGCUUCGCCACCUCUCCUUUAACUAUCACACCUACAAGCUUCUUCUGAAGGUACAAUAUGAACACAUAGGUGACUCUAUCAAUGGGAUCAAAAUAGAUGACGGUUACGUUGAAGUAGCUGUGUUGGUAGCCAUGGUUGUUGGCUACAGAUUCUUGGCGUAUCUAUCUUUACGAAGGAUGAAGCUCGAAUCAGGAGCUUAG